AUGGACGCCCUAUACCCCAGCGAAUCCUGUCCCCGGAAAGCCCCGGCCGAGAAGCGUCGAUGGAACUACGAUGAGGAAAGCCAACUCAUCCGUCUCAUUGAGAUAGAGACAAUGACUUAUGAACAAGCAGCGCAGGUUCUCAAUCGUACCGCACAUGCUACUCAGCAUCGUUACGCCAUCAUCCGACAAAGAGACGUGAGCGCCACCAUAAACUGGACUCCCGAGCUCGAUGCCGCUGUGAUCAACGGACACCGCCGCAUGCAGAAGCCCAAAGCCAUCUCUCGCGAGAUGAACGUCCCGGUUGAAGCGAUCCAAUCUCGAUGGCAAGCCCUCAAGGUUAUGAAAAAAGUACCGCAGGAUGUCAUCGAUCUACAGCGGCGCAAAAAGCUUUGUGAUUUCACUCCGGAAGAUGAUGAAGCGAUUCUGCGUUUGUAUGUAGAGGGUAAAGAGGACAAAGAGCUUGCGCAGAUGUUGAAGAUACAAGGGAAAAGUCAGACGGAAGUAAUAAACAGAAGAAGGAAUACGUUGAAGGAAAAUGGGGUCAAAGUGGAGACGGAGGCACUGGAAGUGGCAGUGGGCAGAGAUAAGUACGAAUGGAUGGAGGAGGGGACAUAG